AUGCUCACCAUCCAAGACACCAGCGGCCUGCCCGCCUGUGCCCAGAACUGUCUCGCAGCCUCCCUCCGCUCGAGCGCCCGCUCCUGUGCCCCCACCGACUUUGCCUGUCUGUGCAGGAACUCCGAGUUCGUCGCUGCCAGCGACUCGUGCUACUCCACCUCAUGCUCGGCUGGCGAAUUGGCAGCCGCCCAAGAAUGGGGCGUCAAGUCCUGUGCCGCUGCAGGCAUCCAGAUCACCUUGAACGGGGCCAACAAUACCUCCACCGGCACCAACACUGUCCCACUCAACAACACCUCCACCCCCGCUCGACCUAAUGCUGCCCCUGCCCUCUCCGCAGAGGCCGGCAAGCUGUUGGCAAUGGGCACCGCUUGUCUAUCUUCCUUUUUGAUCGUCGCUUGA